CGCCCCUUGCUUGUGAGCGGCCAGUAGCGGAAGUUCCGCUCCGUCGUGAACUGGGACAGCAAAGCGCACCUCUUACAGUGUAUGUGUGGCAACAACAUGUCUGUGCCGCUGCUCGCCGAGGCUGUGACGGUGUCUGGGGUGGAGAAGGAGACCGCGGCGGUGAUCUUCCUUCAUGGUUUGGGAGACUCAGGGCAUGGGUGGGCGGAUACUUUGACGGGGAUCCGGCUGCCUCACGUCAAGUUUAUCUGCCCCCACGCGCCCCCUAUUCCCGUUACACUCAACAUGAAGUCGAUGAUGCCCGCGUGGUUUGACCUCAUGGGUCUCAGCCCCGACUCUCCAGAGGACGAAUCUGGAAUCAAGAAGGCAGCAGAAAACAUCAAGGCCAUAAUCGAGCACGAGGCCAGAAAUGGGAUCCCUCCAAACCGUAUAAUACUUGGCGGUUUCUCUCAGGGUGGGGCCUUGUCCUUGUAUACCGCCUUGACCUGCCAGCACCAGUUGGCUGGUGUUGUGGCCCUCAGCUGCUGGCUUCCACUUCACAGGAGUUUCCCAUCGGCGUCAAGUGGCAAUAAGAACCUCCCAAUCCUGCAGUGCCACGGUGAGAUGGACGCCAUGAUUCCUGUGCAGUUUGGUGCCAUGACGGCAGAAAAACUCAAAUCCAUAGUCAACCCUCAAAUGAUUACCUUUAAAACCUUCCCAGGGCUCCCUCACAGCUCCUGUCCUCAGGAGAUGGCAGCUGUAAAGGAAUUUAUCGAGAAGCUUUUGCCCCGGAUCUGACCUCACCUCAUCCCCACUGUGACCCCCUUUGAGACACUGACCUUUCACCCCUGUUCUGCCAUUCUCCCACAGGAAACAGCCAUGAGCACCCCCUCCCACACACAUCCACGAGACAGCAAACACACGAACACGCACAUAUUUAGUAACGAUGAUAAGGAUGAUUUGACCCACACUGCUAAACCAACCAAAUGCUUCUCCUGCGGUCCAGCAACACUCAUACUGUUAACAGAUUUGUCAAACACAAUGAUUUGAAGUGCUUGCAUUCACACGUCUUAGCCUUCGGAGGGAGAAACACUGAAAACUCAAACAUUAAAUUCCUGUUUGGCUCCCGUUUUACAACUUCUGUCUGUUGCCUCAUUCCCAUUUCCCCUCAUUUUUACAUUAUUUAGCUUCUCACUCAUUGCUACACUUUCCCUUCUGGCAUUGCUGUGUGACUUUGUAAAUCAAGAAAAUCAAGAUUAACACAGAGCAAAUAAGCAGGUUAACACUCGCCUGCAACUCCUCAAACACACCGCUGUUUAAAGGUGCAGUCAGACCAGAUUAUGCGCCCUAAUUUUUUUUUUCUGCAGUUUGACGUGCCUUCUUAGCUUCACAGGUGGAGUCACGUGAAACUUUGAUAUGUGAUCGCUCUCAAGGUGCAUGAGUUUGAGGGGAAAAAAAGGUGGAUUUGGCUUCUUAUUCAUUCUUGCUUUAUGACUACAGCCUAAAAGUUGGGUGCAUGAACAUAAGCAGUAGAAACACAAAUAAAAUGCUGCAUAAUCUACAAGCUUGUAGAGGCCUGCCAUGUAAUUGCCCCAUUUGUUUAUGCUUGCAAUCCUACCCGCCCUGUCUCCUGAACCCUUCUGUUAUCUGGUCUGACUGCAGCUUCACUCCAGUGUUGGGUACCCAACAGAGUUUGACUCGGGGAUAGUGAGCGCCAACCCAUCCAAUCAUGACUGCGGCCUGUCCAGGUCUUGCAUCGUUAACAGCAAUGGCUCUUUUUACUGAAUCUUGCACACAAGGCUGCCAUGCUGCUUCUUUUUUUUU